GCGGCCGCGUCCGGUAAUGGCGGCGGCGGCGGCGGAGGGGCGGCCAUGGUGCGGAUCACUGAAGAUCUUGUUAGAAGACGUGCAGAACAUAACAACUGUGAAAUUUUUUCACUGGAAGAAAUCUCUUUACAUCAGCAGGAAAUAGAAAAACUAGAGUAUCUUGACAAAUGGUGUCGAGAUUUAAAAAUUCUCUAUCUUCAGAAUAAUCUCAUUCCAAAAAUUGACAUUUUUGGGAGUGAUGAAGAUUGUUGCUACCCUAUUCCCUCUUUACCCCCUUUUGGUAUUCCAAAGAGGAAAUGUUCCCCACUCACUGUGAACCUGCUAGUUCCAAUAGGUCAUGGUGAAAAUAAUACAGAAAAUGUGAACAAACUAAAGAAGCUGGAAUAUUUAAAUGUAGCUUUGAACAACAUUGAAAGAAUUGAAAAUCUGGAAGGCUGUGAAGAACUGAAGAAACUUGACCUGACAGCAAAUUUCAUUGGUGAACUCUCCAGUAUUGAAUCCCUAAAACAUAACAUACAUCUGAAGGAACUGUUUCUAACGGGUAACCCAUGCACUGAAUUUGAAGGCUAUAGACAAUUUGUAGUGGCAACACUUCAUCAAUUAAAAUAUUUGGAUAGUAAAGAAAUAGAACGUUCAGAGAGGAUUAAAGCACUUCAGAAUUAUCCAGAAGUGAAACAGAAAAUCAGAGAACAGGAACAAGUUUACCUUCUCAAAAGGGCCAGAGAAAAGGAAGAGGCUCAAAGAAGGAUGCAAGAAAGAAAGGACAAGAAACAAAAACAAAUGGAAUCUAAGCUUGGAUUUGACAGCCCCGAUUCCCCACAGGAGAAAGAAAACCAUCAGGCAGAAGGAGAUGGAGAGCAGGAAACGUGCAGAACAGUUGAAGAUGAUGAAGAAGACAGAAGAUUUUGGGAGGAACCUACACCAUAUACUCCAGAAUCUAGAUUAGAAACUCACAGAUACAUUGAAGAAAAGCGGAGAGCUAAAGACAAUAUAAGGGAAUCAAAAAAGAGUGAGAAGGCUCCUUGGACAUUGGUCACUGCAGAAGGAAAAGUUCUGAAUGUGAAUGUGCCUAAGCUUCAUUUCUCUUUGAAAGAUGAUGAAGAAAAGAACCAGUUCAUCUUGGAACUUGCUGUUUACAGAUAUUUGGACACUUCUCUGCUUGAUGUUGAUGUGCAGCCAACUUACGUACGAGUACUGGUGAAGGGAAAGCCAUUUCAGUUUGUCCUCCCUGAGGAAGUGAAGCCAGACAGCAGCUCUGCUAAAAGAUCACAAACAACUGGUCAUUUGGUUGUCACCAUGCCAAAGGCUAAAGAAAUAAUCCUGGCUAAGCAAAAAGUUUCAGCUUCAGUUAAACAUUCUGACUGCAAUACACUGCAAAAAAAUGCAAGAAGGAGUGGAAAAGUUGAGAAGUUAGAAGUGGAUCCUAGUAAAUAUUCAUUCCCUGAUGUGACAAAGAUAAUCCAAGAAAAGGAACGAACUGGACAGGGACCUAUAAAGCUACAUCCAGAGAGGAUUACAGAAGCUAAGAAGAGUUGUGUUGAUUUUGAAAAUGAUGAAGAUGUUCCUCCCUUAAUUUGAAACAUUCUUAAACAGUCCCUCUAUAAUACGUCCUUAAACAGUCCCUCUCUCUCUCUCCAUAUAUAUGUGCAGUAUGUAUGCUUGAGUUGGUUUUGGAACCCUAUGUGUAAAGCAAAUAUAAUAGAGCUGGAGCUGGAAAUAUCGUUACAUUUCUUAUCAAUAACUUUUUUAUGCUUGUGUUUUUUGCUGAAUUUUCUGUUAGUAUAUUGCUAUAUAAAUUCAUUUUUCUACAUUGUUUACUUAGUGUGAAAUCAGAAUGGGAGUCAUAUAUCAGAGAUUGUAAUUUCUUCAAAGAAUUUACUGUCUGGGUUGAAAGAUGAUAUAUCAUUGUAGAAAAAGAGACAAGGAAGGAAGAAAGCACUUGUAACCAGAUUUAUGAUUAUUCUUAUUAAACUAAGGAUAGAAAAAA